AUGCCACCCAAGCAGCUCAAUCCUCUGCUCUCACCCGAGCAAAAGAAGGCUGCAAGCCGGAGCUACCUGCCGGUGCCAAAGAAGUGCGUCGUCACUGGUGGUACCGGAUUCGUGGGAACGCGCUUGGUGGAAAUGCUGGUGGAACGCGGUGCCGAGAAGGUGGUUUGCUUUGACAUUGUUCCCAAAGAGAAGGCCAUCGGUGUCUGGGAUCAUCCGGCCAUUGAGUACAUGGUCGGCGAUAUUGCCUCGUACGAAGACGUCUCCAGGGCCAUUAAGGGAAGUGACUGCGUGUGGCAUCUUGCUGCUGCUGUGGGUCCGUUUCAUCCUCAUGACCUGUAUCGCCGAGUAAACCACGGAGGUACAGUGAACGUUAUUCGCGCAUGCAAGGAGCACGGGGUGAAGAAGAUGAUUUUCAGCUCGUCGCCAUCGACCCGCUUCAAGGGAAGCCUUUUUCACAGUCCGAACGUGGAUGGCCUCACCGAGGAUGAGAUGCCGAAGCUCCCGUUAGAGCACUACAUGCAGAUGUACGCCCAAACGAAGGCCGAGGGCGAAAUGGCGAUGCGCGAGGCUGUGGACGAGAACUUCUGGUCCAUAGCGGUUGCCCCUCAUCAGGUGUACGGGCCGCGUGAUAACCUAUUCUUGCCUAACAUGCUGGAGGCUGCGGGCACCGGCAAGCUGCGUGUUUUUGGCAAAGGUGACAACCGCAUUUGUUUCACACACGUGGACAACUACUGCCACGGUCUCAUCAUCGCCGAGAAGCAGUUGUCCAAGGAUUCACCAUACCUGGGUCGGUUUUACAUUGUCACGGACGGCGAUACACACCCAGAACCUGCUGCGUACUGCGUAUUCUGGAAGGAGCUGGAUAAAGCCGUUGUGGCGAUGGGGUUCGGUUCUAUUAUGAACAGAGUGCAUUAUCCAUUCUGGUUUCUGUACAUGGCAGCACUCGUCGCAGAGUUGGCGGGCUUCAUCAUGAAGACAACAUUCAAGCUGAAUGUUUUCAAUGUUUUCGUGCUGACCAUGAACCGUUGGUUCCGUAUUGACGCGGCAGAGCAUGAUCUAGAGUUCCAGCCCAUUAUUCCUUUUGUGGAAGGCUGGGCGGACACAAUUGACUGGUUCAAGAAGAAUUGGCUCCCCAAGUUCAACAAUCAGGACCACUCUUCGAUGGCAGGUAUUUCGUCUGGAUCUCAGCAGAAGAUCAAUAUCCAGGCUCACAAGGACAAGUAA